AAAACGCUUGUGAGGAUGGGACCUAUGGCCUUCGCUGUGAGAAAACAUGCAUGUGCAACAGUAACCAGAGCUGCAGUGUGGUCACGGGAUCCUGUUCCACUAAGUGCCCACGUGGAACGUAUGGGUUCAAAUGUUUGCUGAAGUACUGUCUCAGUGGAUGGUAUGGUGACAAUUGCACGAGCACUUGCUCGAACCUGUGUGCUGACAGAUUGUGUGACCAGGCAACGGGAGCAUGUUUAUCCUGUGUUAGCAAUCGUACAGGGACAUUUUGUGACGGUAAAACUUGCACAGAUGGAUAUGUUGGACCACUGUGUGACAGGAGAUGCUCGGAAUAUUGCUCAAACCAGCUGUGUGACAACCAAACAGAAAAGUGCUAUUCAUGUGUGACUGGCCAUCAGGGCGAAUUUUGUAACCAAG